AUGUCAAAGAAUAAACGCAGUAUAUCAGUCAUAAACCUUGAAGCCUCCUCUUCUGAUUCCUUAACGAGUCAAAAUUCCAAAAAAGUAAGGCUUACCCCUUCAAAUCACGCACAAACUUGUGACGAUUCCGCUUGCAAAGGCUGCGAUGUGGGUGAAGUAGAAAUUGUUUUCACUAACGAAGAAGGUCAGGAAGUCGAACUUUCUCCAAAUGAAUUACUUCAGUUGGCCUUAGAAGAAUCUUCUAAAGAACCCUUACGAGAACACGGUAUCGCAAAACGUCUAUUUGACAUGUCACUCGAAGGGUUUGAUAAACUGAUAACAUUAGAAGAGCAGAAAAUAGAAGUGGAAACUGUAAAAAGCAAGGAAAAAGAAGUUCGUUAUCGAUUCGCUACUAAGAAAACAAGAUAUCAAUACGCUUGUUGUUGUGUCGCUUUUGGUAUUUAUUUACCAAUUAUCGAGCAUUUACGUAAAGGAAUAGAAAUAUAUAAACAAAUAAUCAUUGAAGAUGAUGGCUAUUAUGAUGCUUGGAUAGGAUUAGGGAGAGCACGAAUUCACUUGGCGAAAAUUGAAAGAGAGAUGUCUCGGAAUGAUCAAAAUGAUUUAUCUGACUCGGAGAAUUCAAAGGAAGAACAAGAAUCAUCUAUAGAAAUAGAACAGGCUUCUUUUAAUAUGGCAAUAGAUGCAUUUGAUAAAGGUCUUUCUAUCCUAAAAUCUAAAGACGAGAAAAAAUAUGUAAUCAAAUCUAUCCUCAUAGCUAAAGAUCUUCAAGAAUAUGUAAUGUCGAUUGAUCAUCUGAAAUUUACCGCUUAUACGCAAAAAAUAUUCACAAAAGUAAUAAAUUAUCUUCAGGAUAUUUAUGAUUUAGAUAACAUAUAUUUAAAUGAAAUUAAUUUCGCACAAGGAAUACAUGGGUGUUGUCUAUAUUAUCUUGCCAAAUUAAAAACCGAUCAUAAUGAUGACGAAAACGAAGAAUCCAAGAUGUUUCUCAAUGAAGCAAUAGAAAAGUUAUUGAAAGCGAAUGAUCCUCUUGAAGAGGACAGGUUCAGAGAAAUUCUUGGUCAAGCGUAUAUAUUGAAGACUAUCAUUGAAAGUGAUGAAGAGCAAAUUAUGGAGGCAUAUGAAAAAGGUCGUGAGUGUUUGAAACAAGCUUAUAAGUUUGAUCCAGAUAAUGAAAAUUUGAGAGAGCAAUUAGAAACACUUGGUGCCCUUAGUAAUGAUGACGACGAAGAGUAUUUAGAUGACGAUGAUUAA